GAUUGGCCUGACCUUUCAGCCAGAUGUUUCUGAUCAUCAGAGAUUUAGAAAUAAAGAACAAAGUGCUCAGUGGGAUCCAUUCAAGAGGGGCUUCACUGAGGACUCGACCCUCCAGAAUGACCAGAGGCUUUUCACUGGAGACAGACUUGCUCAGUGCACUGAAUCUGAGAAAGCAUUGAACCAGAGCUUCAGUGUUCAAAGAUGUGUCAGGGCUAGGUUUGCAGAGAACCAUUAUGAAUGUGAUAAAUGUGGAGAAGGCUUUCAUCCAAGUUCUAAACUCAGUAUACCUAAUGGUCAGCAUUUGGAAGACAGUCUUCAUAAAUAUAAUGAAUGUGGGAAAGCUCAUAACCAGUCCUCCAGUGUUGGUGAUCAUCAGAAAAUUCACAAGGGGAAAAAACCUUACCAAUGUCAAGAAUUUGGAAAGUCAGUUAACCACAGCUCAAAGCUUAUGCAACAUUGUAGAAUUCAUACUGGAGAGAAACCUUACCAAUGUGAAGAAUGUGGGAAGGCCUUUAAACAGAGCUCAGGGCUGACCCAACAUCAGAUAAUUCAUACUGGAGAGAAACCUUACAAAUGUCAAGAAUGUGGCAAGGCCUUUCACAUUAGCUUAAGGCCUACUUAUCAUCACAGAAUUCAUACUGGAGAGAAACCUUACAAAUGUCAAGAAUGUGGCAAGGCCUUUAGGUGGCCCUCAAACCUUACUCGACAUCAUAUAAUUCAUCCUGGAGAGAAACCUUACAAAUGUCCAGAAUGUGGCAAGACCUUUAACUGGUCUUCAGACCUUACUCAACAUCCCAUAAUUCAUACAGCAGGGAACACUUUACAAUGUCAAGUAUGUGGUAAGACCUUUAACUGGUCUUCAGACCUUACUCAACACCACCAAACUCAUAGUGGAGAGAAACCUUACCAAUGUCAAGAAUGUGGCAAGUCCUUUAAACAGAGCUCAGCGCUUACCCAAAAUCACGUAAUUCAUACUGGAGAAGAACCUUACAAAUGUCAAGAAUGUGCGAAGGCCUUUACGUAGCCCUCAGAGCUUAUUAAACAUCAAAUAAUUCAUACUGGAGAGAAACCUUACCAAUGUAAAGACUGUGGGAAGGCCUUUACAUGGCUCUCACCACUUACUAAACAUCUCCGAAUUCACACUGGAGAGAAACCUUACAAAUGUCAAGAAUGUGGCAAGGCCUUGUCCAGCAAACAUAGAAUUCAUACUGGAAAGAAACCUGACAAGCGCCGCUGUGGCAAAGCUUUUAACACACAAACAACCCUCACUGGACAUGAGAAAAUUCGUACUGGAGAAAAACCUGCAAAUAUCCUUCGUGAGGACAAAAUCUAG